AUGACCGCUCUUCCUCCUCAACCUGAUCUCGUCUCCUCGCCAUCUCACUCCUCACACUCACCCCCUUCGUCUUCGAAACACGUAGCAGCUCCAGAUCGCCCCGAACCCCCCGAAUCUCUUCUCAUUGAGGACUCUCUACCAGCCAAGGACUCGAGUCCCCUGAGAUCAGUGGCAGGAUCGUCAUCAGGCACAGCAAGAGUGGCUACAUCGCGGAACUCCGGUCUGAGUGGAGGAAAUCAAACGAUUGGCCCGUCUCGUGAGACCGGCGCGAGGUCUUUCAACGGCGACGAGGAAAGCGAGAGUGACUGGGAUAUAGAAAUGGAACCCAUUGCAGGCCACCGUCGGCGGCGAAGUAGCCACAACAUGGCUGGUCGGCCAGCUGGAUCACCUAGCCGAACCCGUGUCACAAGUCGUGGUCCCGCACCCACUGGCUCGGCAGAAGAACCCAAGAUAUCCGAAGAAAACUUGGAUGCGAACGGCUUUGCGAUUCAGAAGGAUGAAUCCGCCGAUGACAGCUUGAGCGACGAAGACCUCCAAGACGACGAAGAAACUGGAUUGACCCGUAAAGACAAGCAAAGGCGGCAGAAGAAGCGCAACAGAAAUACUCAGCUGGAUCAGCGGAUCGUCAGGGACAAUAAGGCUAUAUCAAAAGAGGAGCGCAAAGAAGCAGACAAGACUGUUUUCAAGAGUUUGAUGUACAACAAGUGGAUGUUUGAUCAUGAGCGGCUAAACUUUGCAUUUCCUUUGUUUACGACGUCCAUGCACAUGGUAGUUCAAUUUGUCCUCUCAGGUCUAGUUUUGUACUUCGUGCCCUCCUUAAGACCUGGAUACGGGGUUCAUCUGUCAGAUAUGGGAAGGUCGAGACAUGAUGACGAGCCCAAGUCUUACGGUAUGACCAAGAUGUUUUACCUCACUCGAAUUGGACCUUGUGGUGCAGCUACAGGCCUAGAUAUUGGACUUGGCAAUACCUCUCUCAAGUUCAUUAGCCUUACAUUUUACACCAUGUGUAAAUCUUCCUCACUAGCUUUCGUUCUCAUGUUUGCGUUUGCUUUCCGACUCGAAACCCCAACGUGGCGUCUUGUCGCCAUUAUUGCUACUAUGACGCUCGGUGUCGUGCUCAUGGUGUUUGGUGAAGUUGAAUUCAAGGUGGGAGGCUUCGCCCUCGUCAUCUCAGCUGCUUUCUUCUCUGGCUUUCGCUGGGGAUUGACCCAGAUCCUGCUCCUCCGCAACCCUGCGACAUCAAACCCAUUCUCUAGCAUCUUCUUCCUUACUCCAGUCAUGUUCCUCGUGCUUAUCUGCCUUGCAGUGCCCGUGGAAGGAGUCGGAGCUCUCAUUGAAGGUUACAAGGUUCUGGGUGAUGAAUGGGGCUAUUUCAUGGCGCCCCUUUUCUUGCUUUUCCCUGGUUGCAUUGCUUUCUGUAUGACGGCCUCCGAGUUCGCUCUGCUGCAGCGCACUUCCGUCGUCACGCUCUCCAUUGCUGGCAUCUUCAAGGAGGUUGUUACUAUUAGUGCGGCUGCUCUUGUCUUUGGUGACCGCCUCACACCAAUCAACUUUGUUGGUCUACUCACGACCAUGGCCGCUAUCGCUGCCUACAACUACAUCAAAAUCACCAAGAUGAGGCAGGAGGCGCAAGAAAGUGUUCAUGUUCGCCAUGCGCACGACGAUGACGCGCCAGAUUCCCCUACGAGUCAGAGUAGCGGAAUCAUAGACCGCGAUGGAGAUACAGACGCGGAAAACACUGGUCUGCUCCGUGACAGCAUCGACGGCUUGGAUCUUGAUGUACAACCCCAUGCGCCAGCUAAUGAGCGUCGCUGA